ACAUGGCAUCGGUCUUUCAGAACGUGAAACUUUCAUCUGUGACUGAAAAUGAUGAUUUUACUCCAAAAUCCGACGUCCCCUUUAAAAUCGAACUAUUGGAUGAAGAAGAAGGGGUAUUUAUGACAGUUUCCAAUGGCAACCAAUUGGUUCAGAAGAUCAGCGUUAACACAGAAACAGAAUGUGCCAGAGUAGGCAAAAAGUCUGCGGUUGUCACCUAUGCACAGACAAGCUUUAUACUGCAUUUUGCACAUGAUAAUGACAUGAAGUCGUUUCAUCACAAAAUGCAAAGUCUGUGCUCAGGUAAGAAAGGCUCUAUCUUUGCCCAGAGGACUGAUGAUGCUUCUGCUGAACAGUAUUUCCAGUUCUACGGGUAUUUGUCUCAGCAACAGAACAUGAUGCAAGACUAUGUAAGGACUUCAACAUACCAGAAUGCAAUGCUCAAAAACACUGCAGAUUUCCAAGAUAAAGUGGUUCUAGAUGUUGGUGCAGGGUCAGGUAUCCUAUCUUUCUUUGCUGUACAGGCUGGGGCACGUAAGGUGUAUGCAAUAGAAGCCUCUUCAAUGGCACAACAUUGUCAGCACUUGGUGAAUAGUAACAAAUUAAGUGACAGAAUUCAGGUUAUUGCUGGGAAGGUGGAAGAAGUUGAAUUGCCAGAACAAGUAGAUGUUAUAAUCUCAGAACCAAUGGGCUACAUGUUAUUUAAUGAACGCAUGUUGGAGAGUUAUUUACAUGCCAAGAAAUGGUUAAAACCCGGUGGAAAAAUGUUUCCUACAUUGGGUGAUCUACAUGUUACACCAUUUACUGAUGAUUCUCUAUACAUGGAACAAUUUUCUAAAGCUAAUUUCUGGUACCAACAGUCAUUUCAUGGAGUUGACUUGGCAAGUUUACGACAGAGAUCUGUACAAGAGUAUUUCAAACAGCCCAUUGUAGACACAUUUGAUAUACGCUGUUGCAUGGCACGCACCCAGAAACACACAGUGGACUUCAGAACAGCACAUGAAACUGACUUACAUCGUAUUGAGAUCCCCCUAGUCUUCACUAUGUUACAGUCUGGGACCAUACAUGGACUUGCAUUCUGGUUUGAUGUGGCUUUUAUAGGCUCCAUGAAUUCAGUGUGGCUAUCAACAGCCCCUACACAGCCUUUAACUCAUUGGUACCAGGUGAGGUGCUUGCUGGAGAACCCAGUGUUUGUAAAGCAAGGCCAGACCAUACAGGGAUCAGUCAUACUCAGAGCUAAUAAGAGGCAAAGCUAUGAUGUGGACAUAGAGAUAGCAGUUCCAGGUACAGGAACACGAUCAACUAAUACUCUUGAUCUGAAAAAUCCAUUUUUCCGCUACACUGGUCUCACCCCACCAGCACCUGCAGGGAACAACCAGCAAUCCCCUUCUGAGGCUUAUUGGAAUGGAACUGAUCCAACACAAACCAAUAACUACCAAGUCAGCAGUAUACUGAAUGGUCAGUCCCAGCAGAUGGCAUCACAAGCUAAUCUUAUACCAGUAGUUAAUGCAAUGUCUGUCAGUGCCCCCAUCAAUCCUGGAUCUAUUCCAAGUGUAGGGCACUUAACUUCAAUAGCAAAUACCACGAGGACAUCUAUAGGAGGAGGGAUCUCACCAAACUUAUUUCAGGGCAAUCCAAGUAGUCCCGUCUACAACCAGUCUUCAGUCAGCAACCAGUUUAUGAUAGGAGACUAUGUAAUACCACAACAGAACUUAUCACCAAACCCAUAUAAUAAGCAAUCCUAGGACACUAGACAUUGCAGGGAACUGAUUAAAGCAUUAGAGACCUUAAGAUACAUUCAAUGUAAAUCCUGUAGCUGUAUUUUGAAUAUUUUCAUGUUCGGGUAUGGGUUUAUAAAACCUGUCCCUCUUAGGAAGCACGAAGUUGAUAAUGUGUAUGGCUACGUGAAAAGAAUAGGAAAAGCGACCAUCACACAAUGAUAAUUUUACACAACUUGAAUGACAGUGAACAUAUUGCGAUGAUUUUAAGGGGAAGAUAUACACUCAAGCAAGAAUAACCACAUGACAUGACUCUGUUGACAAAUAGACAAAUCACAUAUUAUGUACAGGUUUUACUUUGUCAUGGAAUCUUGAGGUCUCUCGGUACCUAAUGCAAAUUGGGACAACUUGAAUAUGGUACCAAAAUGAAUUGAUCGAGGGAGUUUUAAAAACAUUGGACAUCAAACAAAAAGUUAAUUUUGAAGUUUAAGGCUGUGCCUCUCGUUAUAUAAAUAUUAUCUUAUGAAGUAAUGUCCUUACAAUUUAAUAAUAAUGAUAUCCUCAGGAUUUACUAGUUGGUAAGUGAAAUAUUUGUCAGAAACUGUGUUUCAAAACCUGGGCUCCCCAUGACCUAUGUCACUGAAAUAACUGAUGCUUCAGGACAUUGAGAUUAUAAACUUCAAUUUGGUUAAUAUUUGCAAUUUUAAAAGAUAAUUAAGUGAUUUGCAUAUUUUAAUGCAUUGUUUUCCUACCCACUGCCUCUACACAAGAUUUAAAUCUUAAGAGAAUGAGACAAUAUUACUCCAAGUUAUAAAAAUAAUGUAAUACUCAAAACCUUAAGUGUCGUAAAGAGUAGAAUUUACCUGUCUGCCAAUUACUCAAUGAAUUUAAAAGUGUUGAUCUUUGCUAGAUAGGCAGCCAUCUUGUUUUGUGGCAGCCAUUGUACCACCAGCGAGAUAUAAUAAUCAUGAUGGCAGCAUGAUCAUUAUUGUACCACAAGUUCUUGAGCUGAUUAACUUUUGGCAGCUAUCAUGUUUUCUGGCAGCCAUUUUGAUUUCCAUUGUUUGUUUUGUCAAAAACUGUUUGGAUUGUACAAAUUGCCAAAUCAAAUUUUUAACAAUCAUGAAUCUAUGUGCAACUCUGUUUAUACAACUUUGUUUAUACAAGGUGGUUAUCGCAAUUGGUAUCAUUCAGUAAUUUACUUUUUGAAAACACAAUUUUAAAAUGAAUAAGAUUCAUUGCAAAAUUGUUGAGUUCCAAUAUAAACUUUUUGUUCUCUUAUCUCAGCUGAUAAUUGUCACAUGAUCAUCAUUUCUCUGUGAGGUCCUAUUAUAGUUCAUAACUUAAGUGAACGUAACAAGUUUUGGUAUUUUUAUUGAUGAGAAAUAAAUGAUCUGAUUGAAAUUCUGCAAGAUGAGGAACCUGUUGUACAGGUGAACAAAUUCAAGGUACAAGUAAAAUGUGUACAUUUUCAGUUAUAUUAACUGAUGAAUAAAGUUCUAUUCUAAGAAA